UGCUAGUGAACGAUUACGACGAGCCGUGGAGUCGUUGGAACAGAAUAACUACGAUAGGAUACUCCGAGCAGACAUUUGGGAUGUGUGCCGAUUAUCAUCGACAAUGAAGCGAAGUUGUGGAGAGGCGAUCAAGCCAGCGGUAGUAGUUUCAAUGUGCUCUUCAUCUGAAGCCCAACAAACUUUGGCAGUUGCAGGUGAUUUUGGAUACGGGCUCGGCGAAUCUCUGGGUUCCCGAUGUGACGUGUGGCCAGCCGAGACAACAGUCAGAGGAGACCAAGCGCUCUCUCUGGAAUUAGCACAGAUGUACGGUACUGGAGAUGCCGGUGGCUAUUUCGGAAACGAUACUGUGCGAUUCGGUGGCUCUGGCACGAAACAGCUUGUUGACCCGAUUAGCGGUAUUCUUGGUCUGGGCUUCAAAGAGCUCGCUGUCGAGGGAGUGAAUCCGCCUUUCCAACAGGCAGUUGAUCUUGGAUUGGUGGACAAACCGAUCUUUACCGUAUUUCUGGAGCACAAAGGAGAACAGUCUAAUGUUCCCGGCGGAGUGUACACUUACGGUGGAUUGACUCAACCAAUUUGUGGCCCAGUAAUCGAUUAUGCGCCAUUGAUUUCAGCCAAUUAUUGGCAGUUCAA